CACCGUUCAAAUUCGGAAUACAAACCGCCGGGCCCAGCAUAUCCAUGCCCGAAAGAGAAUUUGCAGCUUUUGCAUCCAUGCGUGUGUGAGAAAGGGACAGAUGCGGGGCUGUAUGUGAGGUGUGAAAACUCAGGGUUGGCAGUACUGAGCGUUGGUUUAGGCAACAUAGCGGGCCUAGGGCUUCCUAUAGAGAGGCUGGAGAUCAAACAAUGUCCUAUACAGAAUCUAUUCGGACCGCUUUUCCACCGCUCAUCCAUCCGAGUACUACACAUAAAAGACGCCCCGCUAACAACUAUAGAUGAAAACGCCUUCCUGGGCGUUAAUAGGACUCUGCAAGAACUUUAUUUGAAGAAUACUGAAAUAGUUGACUUUCCUAAGGACGCUUUUAAGAUACUAGGAAACCUAUCUAUACUAUCCAUAGACGGUCACCGAAUGACCAAACUGGGUAAGGACAUAUUCGCCGGCAGCGAAGCCAUCGGUCGGCUGGAGAAACUGCACAUUAUCAAUGGAUUGUUAAAUGAUAUCCCUGUUGAGGCUUUUCAGAAUCUGAAGAAGUUGAAAACUCUAGAUCUACACGGCAAUAGACUGGCCACUCUGAAAAGAAAUCAGUUUAAGGGUCUGCGGGACACAGAAGUUUUAGAUAUAAGUUACAAUAAUAUAACGAAGCUAGACGGCCAGCAUAUCGGUGACCUCACCAAACUAGGCUGGUGUAAUGUGAGCCACAACCUUAUAGGAGAAAUCGCCAGGGGUAUGUUCGCGCGAAAUACAGUGUUAAAAGUUCUUCACUUGGAUAACAAUAAGAUUAAGAAGAUAGACACCAACAGCUUCAGAGGAAUGAGGUUUUUGAGACGCCUCUUCCUCCAAGACAAUAUGAUCUCAGAUGUCGGUCGCGGAGCCUUCUCUUCCGUGACCAGAAUAGGAACAGUAGACCUGGCCAGAAACAAGAUCACCAAGGUCGACUACCAGAUGUUCCAGCAGGUCAAAUAUGCUGAGGUUAUAAACUUAGCAGAGAACCAAAUAAAAAUAAUAGAGAGCCAAGCCUUCACCGAUCUCUACCUAGCCACCCUCAACAUUUCUCACAACGAGCUCUCUACCAUAGAGAAGGGAGCGUUCCAAAACUGCCAGAAUUUGACCAUGUUGGAUUUGAGUUAUAAUAAUAUUGUGAAUAUUAGCAAGGGCGCGUUUGACGAGAACAGUUACGCUGGAGAGUUCACAGUGGCGUAUAAUCAGAUUGUGGAUUUCGCACAGAUCCCCAUACAAAACAUGUCCGGCAUAAGAGUCCUGAACGCGUCGUACAACCAAAUCGUGAGCGUUCCAAUGGCGUUCCCCAAACUGUAUGAGCUCCAUACAGUUGAUAUUUCACAUAAUAAUAUGUCGGAUAUACAUAAUGCCGUGUUUCAGAAUUUGUUUUCUUUGAGAUUCCUAAACCUAUCGUACAACUCGAUGGAAAUCAUCAAACCGGCUACCUUCGGCGCCCUACCCACUCUUCUGGAGCUAAACUUGUCGCACAACAAGUUGAGAGACCCGUCGCGCGGCGGGCUCGCUAAACUGGCGAGCUGCAGGACCAUAGACGUCAGUUAUAACCAGCUGGAGAGGAUAUUCCAAAUACCUAUUAGUUUGAGCGAACUAAACUACGCCCACAACAAUCUGACCGAGAUAAAGCCCAACACCUGGCCAACCAUGAACGCCCUGCUCCGUCUCAACUUGUCUUCGAACAUGUUGGCGGACUUGUCGGGCGACAGCUUCGCCGGGCUGCUGACGCUGCAGAGCGUCGACUUGUCCAGUAACGGAAUAGCUAUUCCCCCGUGGCAGGCUUUCAGUACGCUGACUAGUCUGCAGUACGUGUACUUACAGAACAACAACCUAACCUCCCUAUCCAAGGCUGCCUUCGGGAACCUACCAACACUGUUCUACCUGGACCUCUCCAACAACCAGCUGAUGGAUAUCGGUCAGGAGUCCUUCAAAGGCCUGCAGCAGUUGCUGGAGCUGAGGCUGAGCGGGAAUAUGCUGGAGAAGGUGGCCAAUGAGGCCUUCAAGGGGCUGGUCGCUUUGAGAAAAUUGGACCUGUCACAUAACUAUUUGGAGCGGAUUGACAAUAAAACACAUGGCUUAUUAGACGAUUGCUUGUCUCUGGAAAGGGUGGAUUUAAGCCAUAAUCGCUUCGGCUUUCUUACAAAAAAGAUGUUCCCCGCUAGCCCAUGGAUCCCGUACAGAUUAUUCGAAGUUGACCUCAGUUAUAACGAGAUACCUGUACUUACCUUAGAUCUCACGCUUGGCACUAAGAAACUUAAGAAGCUUAUAUUAAGAGGAAACAUUAUCAAUGAUAUUAGGAAUACUGAUCUUCAAUUUAAUCUACCAGAGAAUCUGACAGAACUCUACUUGCAAAACAAUACGUUGCAAGAAAUGCCGAUCAAACAAAUAGUCAACGUGACAAAACUUCGUGUUUUGGACGUGAGGGACAAUUUACUGGACACAUUCCACCCAGCGUUGGUUAGAAAAAUUAGAGACCAAGGAAUGAAAGUUCAUUUUGAAGGAAACAACCUAAAGUGCGACUGCUUCACCCGUCCCCUAAAGCACCUGCUAAACCAUGGAACCAUAGACUAUAACAUCACUUGCUCCGAGCCUUUAUCUAUGGCGGGCAAACCGCUAAGCGCCAUAGACGAGGACCGACUGCUCUGCGCCAAGAACAUAGGGCUGGAGGGGAAAAUUAAGGAGUUUGGGGGGGAGGACUUUGAUUUUGAGCUGGAACCGGAUUUGAGCUUCAGAGAUAUACAGUACUCACAAUCAACAAUAUACGCGCACUGGUUUGUUCGAACGACGGAAGACGUGGCUGAUUUCUUCCUUUUCAUCAUGAACGAUAGAGGAAAUGUUGUUUACUCCAACGAUGUACAGUAUAAUCAACGAUCUCUCAAAAUGUAUAUAGACGACGAUCUCCGAACGUCACUCCAAGAAAAUGGCGCCAAAUUUGACAUCUGCGUGCAAGCGAAAAAGUCCAACGGUUUCGCGCGCAAACGCUACCCGAGCCAGUGUCAAAGCGUGCCUUCCAAUUUCGAAAGCUGGCCGAAAAAGUUGAACAUCGACAAGCGGCGGCUGACGAAAAAAGAAUCGUAUUCUUUUUUCAAAAAUAACGUUUUGAGGUUAGUCAGCGACACAUGCCAGGGACAUGUUGCUAGGCAGAGUGAUGGCAGGUGGACCAAAAUGUUAACGGAAUGGUGGCCGCUAACAAAUGUAAGAAGUGUCUUUCGGCUCGUUGGGUCGACGACAUCCGAAAAACUGCGGGUCACAACUGGAUGAGAUUAGCCCAGGACCGGGAGAAGUGGCGUACUAGAAGAGAGGCCUAUGCUCAGUGGGCGAUAAAGGGCUGGUAUGAUGAUGAUGAUAUGUGAUAUUAUUGGUGCUGGCUGUACGGCGAUGUAUGUGUACAGAUGUAAAAGGGUUUCCUUCGGAAACGUUCGUAUUUGUCAUGCUAGUUCAGUCAAUGUCAGCACAUCUUGUACUGAGACCACACCUCGGACACUGGCGAUCAAAAAUAUGAAAGAGGCGCGUUCGU